ACUGCUUGGUGGGUUGAAGCAGUGCUCGAGGGUCCCCUAACCUCUAUAGAAUUUAUUAGGGUUUUCUUUGUAUUUUGCUUUCAUUCUCAUUUCUUCUAUGUUGUUUUGAAUUCCCAUGGCAUGUUUUGACAUGUACAACUCCGAGCACAAAGGUCAUUGCCCUCCAAUGAGCCCAAGAAUCUCUUUCUCCAAUGAUUUUGUUGAUUCUCAGCAGAUUAUCAAGCAAGAGAGAAGCUCAAGAUCAGAGGCCCCAGUGUCCACUGACUUCGAAUUCUCCGUCUCUAACUACUCCAUGAUGAGUGCUGAUGAGCUUUUCUUCAAGGGUAGGCUUUUGCCAUUCAAAGAUAAUGGCAAUAACAAUCAAAUGCAAAGGACUAUCAGAGAUGAGCUUCUUGUUGAUGAUGAUGAUGAUUCUUAUGAAGAUGAAGCGUCCCUGAGGCCACAUAAGGGUUCAACAAGGUGGAAAGGCAUUCUGGGUCUCAAGAGAAGCUACAUUGGCUCCAAGAAAGUUGAUAAGAGUGAUGGGUCCGUGGAGACGGUCGCUGAAAGUAGAAGGCCAGUUUUCUUUCAUGAAGAGGUGCACAUUGGCAAGAGUUCACAGGAGCUUUUAAGUGAAGGAGGGUCAAGUCAUCACAGAGAUGUAGAAAUUGGGAUAUAGGGGGUGGAUCAAUUCUUUUAGGAGAGAAGAAUGGAGAUGAUGAUAUUUUUCUUCUAUUUUUAGCAGAGGUUUGGAUAAAUUUAGAUCUCUUAAUUAAUCUGUGUAAGCUGGUUUCUUUCAAACUUUGAUUAACCUUCUCUCUUCUGUAUUUUUGGAGUUCUAUUGUCCUUAUUAUUCCUUUGGAUCUCCCACAAGUAGUUUGAUGUUUUGGCUGUUUUUCUUUUGUACAAAAUGUUUGCAGUUGAAGAACUUCUUGUAUCCUGUUAAGCACUGAUUGAUAGAUCUGAAGUCAGUUCA